AUGUGGCGUCAAGGUGAAGUCCCGCAAGAUUUCAAGGAUGCAACUAUCGUGCACCUAUACAAGCGAAAAGGGAAUCGCCAAGUCUGCGACAAUCACCGUGGCAUCUCCCUACUGAACAUCGCCGGGAAGAUCUUCGCUUGCAUCCUGCUCAACCGCCUCAACAACCAUCUGGAACAGGGCCUUCUGCCGGAAAGCCAAUGCGGCUUCCGUCGUCAUCGUGGGACCACGGAUAUGAUGUUCGCCGCCCGCCAACUUCAGGAGAUGCGGACCCACCUGUACUCUACAUUCGUGGACCUGACGAAAGCCUUCGACACGGUGAAUCGUGCAGGACUGUGGAAGAUCAUGCAGAAAUUCGGCUGUCCGGAGCGAUUCACUCAGAUGGUGCGUCAGCUGCACGACGGUAUGAUGGCGCGAGUCACGGACAACGGAGCUGUCUCAGAGGCAUUCGCAGUGACCAACGGCGUAAAGCAGGGCUGUGUGCUGGCGCCUACCCUCUUCAGUCUUAUGUUCUCUGCCAUGCUGAUGGACGCCUACCGCAACGAACGCCCUGGAAUCCGCAUCGCCUACAGAACGGACGGUCAUCUGCUGAAUCACCGGCGCAUGCACUUCCAAUCGCGUGUAUCCACAGCCACCGUGCACGAACUCCUCUUCGCCGACGACUAA